AGAGGCUUCCAGUAAGGUUAGAUCUGUAGACAGUACACACACUGAAGGAGAAAUUGUGCAGGCAUUAUUGAUAUUUAUCUGCUUUGUGGUUAUAGUUUGUUUGGUUAAGGUUGAAAAGUUCAGUUCAAACUGGAUAGGACACAUUGGAAGCGGCCGUAUAAACAGUGGGGUGAUAUGCUGCAGAUGUUUGCUUUGAACCAGUCACUAUUUUCUUGUAGCUUAUGGUAAAGCUUGGAAAUAUUAUCUGCACACAAAGCUGACAGCAUUUUCGUUUGGAUGUUAUUGCUUUUUUUCCUCUCCCCGAGGGCUAAUAAAAUCUUGUAACUGCACAGCCAGGCACAAGAGUCAGGUAUUAACAGCAGUCCCCUGCUCUUCUCACUGCUAACACAGCAAUGCCUACGCAAACACUAUACUCAGAGAUUAUCCCCUCCAGUCAAAGAUAAUGACACACAAAUGUACCCUCCUAUAUAUAUGCUGUUCAUUAGCGCUGCCUUAGGAAGCUGCUGUGUGAAGAGCUGCUAUAGCAGGUGAUUGCCCUUAUUUGGUAAUGGCCCAGAUCAUGUGACCACAAAAUGGUGGAAGCUGUGAGCUGUUUAUAAGCUGAGCAUCUCCAUCGAGAGGUUGGAAGCAGGAAACGGGAGGUAUAUCCAUGCUCUGACUCGCAGGAGGACAAAGAUUCCUGAGCCCUAGCAGUGGUCCUCCUGUGGUCGGACCUGGCGUCAGAGAGCAAAAUGAGCUCAGACGGUGCCGACAGCAGACCAGUCCCUCCUACUUCGCUACCCCUGCAAGGGGGGGCUACUCAGCGAAAAAAACUCUCUGCGCCUCGAAUCAGCCUGUCACUGGACCAGAGUGAGGAUGAUUUGGGGGAGACGCCAGACGACCUCGACAUUAAUGUUGAUGACCUCGACACUCCAGAUGAGGGCGAUUACCUCGACUACACUGAUCAUGAAAUGGACUGGGAAGAUCCCAGUGCAGCCAACAGGAGUGGGACAAGUGACUCCUACAAUACGAUUCCAACAUACAGCGCCGAGGAGGAGCGCCAGGAUGGCAAGCUAUGGAGGACCGUUAUUAUCGGGGAGCAGGAGCACCGCAUUAACAUGAAGAUCAUUGAACCCUACAUGAGAGUCAUCUCCCAUGGAGGCUACUAUGGCAACGGAGUGAAUGCUAUCAUAGUGUUUGCUGCCUGUUUCCUGCCAGACAGCAACCGAGAGGAAUACCAUGAAAUAAUGGAGAACCUUUUCCUCUAUGUGAUCAGCACACUGGAGCUGAUGGUGGCUGAGGACUACAUGAUUGUGUAUCUGAAUGGAGCCACUCCUCACAGAAGAAUGCCUGGCCUUGGUUGGCUGAAGAAAUGCUAUCAAAUGAUUGACAGAAGGCUCAGGAAGAAUUUGAAGUCCUUCAUUAUUCUUCAUCCUUCAUGGUUUAUCAGGACCGUUCUAGCCAUUACCAAGCCGUUCAUCAGUGCCAAGUUCAGCAGUAAGAUUAGGUAUGUGAACAGUUUAGAUGAGCUGCAGGAACUCAUCCCGAUGGAUUCCAUCCAGAUCCCAGAAUGCAUCAUUAAACUCGAUAAGGAACUGAAGGAAGCAGCAGAGAACUCAAAAAUGAAUAGUUUUCUGCAGGGGACUGAGCCAACAGCGGCAAGCAGAACAGACAGACAAGGCGACGCUGGUGCCGGCAGCUCGUAAACCCACACAUCCUGAAUGGAUGGGACACCUCAAUCUUCAAAAGUUGCUGUUUUAAUGAAUGGGUCAAGCUGGAAAGUGCAGCCUGUGUGUGUAUGUAUGUGUGUGUCACUGUUUCUCAAUUAGACACUAGAGUUUAAUAUGAACAAUUUACAGUAGUUCCUGUUAACACUCAGAUCAGUCUUUACUGCUGCUGUAGCAUCUGCUGUACUGUGCACUUGGAGUCCUAAGAGCUAUAUAAUCAAGUGUGAUGCGUGCCAGCAUCAACAGAGUAGCAUCAGUGUUUACUUUAGGGUAGAAAAUGCAAUUACACACCAGACAAUGCACUGCACAAAUCAAUUUGUAGACUAUAGUUUUUUUGUGUGCAUGAGAAGCAGUGAAGCAAUAAUAUCUCCCCUUACUGGUUACUGAUAAACAGACAACUUGUGUGUGUCAACCGGCUACACAAAAAAAGACAAGGUGUUGCCUAGAACCUUGUGCCAUAGCUGAUGACCUGCUUGCAUUUAAGCAACUCAAACCUUUAUCUUGUCCUACAGAAUAAACCUAUAAAUAGAUACUUCAACUGUAUAGUGUUGAUAUGACUCAAAGCAAGUGCAAGUUAAAUAUGAAAUCAAGCUGUCAGUGUGGUAUGACAGCAUAUAUUUCUAGCCUUGUUCUAAAGAUGUGUGUGCGUGUGGGUGUGUUUGUGUGUGUGCAUGUUUCUUUGUCAAAAUAAAAUGGGAAUAUAAAGUCUCAGUUGGAUAAUCAGGAAGAAACCUCAGAUGAACGUAACAAUGGGACCUCAAUAAAGCACAACAUCUUCUGUGUGUUUCCACAUGCAUGUGUGUAUUUGUACAUCUGUGCAUGUCCCCUCAUUAGAUAUCUGAUGGUCCUCUAAGCCACGAGUCUUUAAUGGAGUUAAGGAUGUGCAAAGAAAUUAUGGAUUGAUGUCUAUAAAUUCAAUAAAAAAGAAAUUUAAGC